UAUAUAUAGAGUAUACCCCCGGGUACCACCCCAGCCUGGUGACCUCGCUGGUGACCCCCGCCAAAGCCAACAGUUUAUCUGCUGCCUCCAGUGCUCAGGGUAUCAUCAAGACAACAGCCAUGUCUCUCCCCUCUCCAGUAGCAGAUCAAGCUUAUAUGAAUAUUUCCGCCCUCGAGGCAGGCAGUUUAAAUGUACCUCUGCAGAAUAUCGUCGCUGGAUCAUCCCCAACGGAUUUUAUUAGAAACCCCUCACUUGCAUUCUUGCUUUGCCACUCAAAGAGUGGUCAUCGAGUUGUCUUCGAUCUGGGGAUACGCCGAGAUAUAAAUUCUCUGCCUCCAGCUGUGCGGUGGCGCAUCCAAUAUUUCGACUUCCAGCCGGAAGUUCCACAAGACGUGGCAGAGUCCUUGAAAGCAGGUGGGACACUGCCAGAGCAGAUUGACACCGUCAUUGUCAGUCAUCUUCACUGGGACCAUGUCGGCGAUCCAGAACCAUUUAAGAAUGCUACCUUCGUCGUCGGUGAACGAUGCAGGGAAAUACUUGCGGCAGGUUAUCCUGUGACAGAAGACGCCCCAUUUUCGUCAACUGCCAUCCCCGUUGAGAGAACUAGAUUUCUUUCUGAAUUAGAUAUGAAUUCAGCUAUUGGACCAUACCCAGAUGCCAUCGACUACUUUGGAGAUGGAAGCAUGUAUAUAGUAGACGCUCCAGGACACAUAGGGGGCCACGUGAACAUACUGGCGCGUACAUCUGCUGAAGGGUCGUGGCUUCUCCUCGGGGGUGAUUCUGCUGGAGAUUUCAGAUUGAUCACGGGAGAAAAAGAGAUCGGCCACUAUUCCGACGUCAAUGGAUGCUUUAGAUGCAUUCACGUGGACAAGGAACUCGCACUGGAGAAUAUCCGGAGGAUCAGGGGAUUGCUCAGCAAUCCGAAGGUGCAGGUGCUGAUUGCCCACGACGUUCCUUGGUACAAGGAAAACAAGGGCGGGCCAGCUUUUUACCCGGGAGUUAUUCCAGCAAAAACAUGAUCGUUGGGGAGAUGUCAUACUAGGGCCGACCUUGUCAGUUGCUGCUUGAUUAGAUCCAAGCAUGAUUCCACUGAAAGAAAAUACAC